AUGCCACAAGUUUUGACCCGACCACUUCAGAGAUCCGUAUCUGGAAACACGUUGCUAGAUACAGAGGCAAAUGGGAUUCUUUACAAACAUACUACAGGAACUCUUAAAAGAUGGGCACCUAGACAUUUCAAACUCACCAAAGAUACUUUUUCUUACUCGCAUACAAAAACUAGUGCUCCAACUUGGCAGAUUAAGUGCAGCGAGAUCCAAAAUGUAGGCAAGGCUUCCAGCACUGAACUCGAAAUCACCCAAACAAAUGGAGAGGUAAUCAUUCUUCGUGCUGCAGAUGAAGAUACACUCAAUUAUUGGACUCGUAAUAUUGAGUCUAGAAUUCAGAGUCAAUGGUCAAAGCAGUUAAAUAAAUGUAUUGGAUCCUCCUCUGCUCUAUCCAUCUCUUCGCUCAACGAUCUAACCACCAUAAGCCAUAGGAAUACUGCCAGUAAACAUAUUCCCUUGAAAACAUCUGCCUCGGUAGCCGACGGAAGAUCCCUUUCAAACAUCAGAUCAACUAUUAGUAUUGAAAACAGUACGGAUGGAUUAUACAAUAAGCUUGAGACCAGCCUAGUAUCCUCAAAGGAAAAAAUGACAUGCAUUGAUUCGCCUGGUUCUCGCAUAUCUACCGCUACACUUGGAAAAACUAAUACAACCAAACUAAAAAAGUCCAUCUCUACCGGUUUACUUCAAUCCAAUCGUGCUAAUACAUAUUUAAAUUCUGGAAGUCACAUCGAUCUAGUGGUGACAAGCUCACAGGCAUCUGCCAUGGGAUUCAAACCAACAGUAUCAUCGCGUAUCAAUCGAACACCUGCAUCUGGACUAUCUAACAGCUUAUUGAGCAUUUAUUCUACCCACUCACACGGAGUAUUGAGCGAAAGCUGUAAUAACUUUGAAAAUCCUUCAAAUGGACAAGCUUUGCCUCUAAAAUCUACUCCAUCAUCAGAAUAUGCAUCUCUACACCAACCUUUACCCUCGCCGACUUUUCCUAAAUCUGAACGAAAUAUUCCUGAAUGUCCUCCAAUCUCAAUCAUUCCUCUGUUUUCUGAUGAAAAUGAUCAACCAAAAUCCUCUCAAACAAACCCAGAGAGCUUGAAUACAUAUACUCCAAACGAACAUGAAGUACUUGACAAAAGUAUGGAUACAGCCAAAACUGCUUUUCAGAUCACUAUUGCUGAAACACCACUUGGGCAACGUAACCUUAAUGACAUUUUUCUUGAGCUGCUGAUGCAAAUGAUGCAGCUUCGCAUCAACUCGACUGAAUUAAAUUCAAAAAAGGCCAGUAUGCUCCUAGAUUUGGUGUCAAAGGAAAGCAUCGAAAUUGUAUCACGCAUCCAAAAAGAAAUUCUUUAUACACAUAGACUUGGUUUAUCCAAGAACGAUCUUAUUGAAGUUGGAUUACAGCUUUCUCAACACUUUUUGGAUACUAAAACAGGCAUGGAUACUUCAUACAAAAAGCUGCUUGAUUACGAUUUCACAAGCUGUGUUGAUAGUGUGACUUUGAAUCCACUGGUUAGAAAAGAGUUGAUUCACAAGUUUUACCUUUCAAUUGAUUGUAUGGCACAAGCUGUUGAAAAAAUUAUGGCGUUUUUUAAUCAAGAUUAA